AUGAGCGCGACGGCGCGUGCUUCGGUGGUUGUCGCGCGGCCCCGUCCACCGCCGCGCGAGGUUUCGUGCGAAUCGCUCGCGCGCCAUGGGAGGAGGCGCGCGAUAUCUUCCAUCGUCGCGGUGGCCGCGUCGACGCUGGGAUGGAGAGCUCCGCCCCCUUGUUUUGCCACGUCCUCCGAUGAGGAGAUUUCGUCGCUGCGAGCCAAGGCGGUGGACGCCUUCUCUUCCCGAGACUUCCCCGCAGCGCGCGACGCGCUGCGGCGACUGGCGCGUCUGGAGCCCGAUAAUCCCUCCUGGCGCGAAGCCUUGGGUCAGUGCUACGUCGAUGCCGGCGAGGAGUCCGACUUUGCCUCCGCGGCGGAGGAGUUCAGCUUGGCGCUCAAGAUGAUUGACGACGCCGACCUCGAGUCGAGGGCCAGGAUACUCAGUAACAGGGCGCUCGCGUGGGAGGGCGCGGGUAGGUGGGACGAUGCCCUCGGAGACUACGACGCCGCGCUGGCCGCCGCAUCCGACGCCGGGCUGCCCCCGGAUCCCUACGUCCUCAACUCGCGCGGCAAAUGCCUCGCGUCGCUCGGCGAGUACGAGAGCGCGAGGGACGCGUUCCUCGGCUCGGCGCGGGCGUUCGGCGACGCGGGGGGCGUGAACACCGCCAGGAACAACAAGAUCAGGGGGGACGGGUACACGUUCGCGGCGUCCAACGCGGCGUUGACCCUGGCGCAGCUCGGGGAUGUCGACGCCGCCAGAGCCGAGAUGGAGAAGGUCUCCAGGCGCGCUCCGGGGAACGUGGACAUGCGCGCGGGCCUGGCGGCGAUCUACUGGUCGGAGGGGAGGGGCGAAGACGCGGAGAGGGAGUGGGAGUUCGCGUGCGAUCGCAUCAGCGUCGGGUGUUCGAAAUACAGGUCCAGGGAGUGGUUGACUAACGUGAGGCGUUGGCCGCCGAAAAUGGUGGAACUGUUGGACUCGUUCUUGCGCGUGUCGUGA